AUGCGAUGCAGCUGUAAGAAAUUAGUACUCUUUGUCUCUUUAGUUGCUUGGGUCAGUGUAUGGAAGUUUCAUCGGGGAGAACAGUACUAUGAGCUUGUAAAGUAUCAGGUCACUUCCGGGGAUGAUGAGAAGUGGGAGGGCAACAAAAACUGCACUACCGAUACAUGCCUUGAUUUGUUGCCAUGUUCACUUCAUAACGAUCAGCUUACUGUCUUCAUUGAACCACUGAUACAAGUCUUUGAUAAGGGUGGUAAGGAUAUCACGCCAUCACCAUCUCUGGAAUAUCUUGAAAUACGUUCUGUGAUUGAACACUCGAGAUAUAAAGUAGAUGUCAUCGAGGAUGCUUGCCUCGUAAUGCCUGGAUUUGAUACCCUUAAUAUAAAUCGUUUCACUAAUGGCAAAUCAUCGUUCCGAAAAGUUUUUAACGCGGGUGGUCGUCUAAGCAAGCAUAAUAUACUUUUGUUUGUAUUUGCUGGUGCUAGUAUUUUGGAUUUUAAAGCUAUUGUGGCUAGAACCGGCCUGCAUCUUGCAAAUUUUCGACGUGGAUUUGAUGUAUCAUUACCCCUGUGGAAUCCAUACAUCUUGACUUCAUCCUUAAUACCUACACAGCAGUUUGCCAACUUUAUGGUUGUACCUAUAAAAUCUGCUUCACACACUGUUAAAACACUGUUAAGAAAUUUUUUUGGUAAAGACUGUCUAGUUUUGGAUGAUUGCAAUGUAUUCAUGGCAAAUUUCUUAUGCGACAUUCAUGGAAUUAGCUAUAACGUGGAUGAAACUAUCAAAGUUUGCUUUUCAUGUGCUUGGUCAGUUAAAGAGAGUGAAUUUACUUUGAUUGAUGACCGAGUUGCGGGAUUUGAAGCAUUGUUAAUGUCAGCCUUGCGUUUUGGUUCGAUUCCUGUUAUCAUAUCAGAUUUCAUUGUUUUGCCAUUCAGUGAAGUGAUCAAUUGGGAUUUGCUAUCGCUUAUGUUUUCACGGAGUCGUUUAUCAUCAGUCCUCGCAAUUUUGCGAGUUUUAUCGUUCGAAAGAAAACAGCGCUUGAGAAAGCAAAUUACUUUCAUAUAUGAUCGUUACUUUUCUUCUCUUAAAAAAAUUGUUCUUACAACUCUAGGUAUUUUGGAAAGACGUAUUGUUAUUAAUUCAUUUACAACAUAUGAUGAUUGGAACAGUAAUUUAUCGAAGAAUCACCUUGUGUCACCGUUCUUCUUUCCAUUUCAUGCACCAUCUGAAGGUUUUACUGGUGUUAUUUUGGCAAAUGACAAAUCCGGAUCUUUGUUAACUGUUAUGCGACUGCUUGCAAAAGUCCCGAGCUUGAGAAUCAUUAUUGUUGUUUGGAAUCAUCACAGUGAUCCCCCUUCCAUUGACGAGUGGCCACAUGUGAAUAGGCCUAUUCGAGUAAUUCAUAUGGACCGUUAUCUUCUCUCUAAUCGAUUUAUAGCAUUUUCCGAAAUAACUACAGAAGCAGUAUUUUCACUUGAUCAAUAUGUAACUGAUCUCAGUGUAGAUGAAGUCGAAUUUGGCUAUCAGGCGUGGCGAGAAAAUCCUGAUCGUGUGGUAGGAUUUUUUUCACGAAUGGGUGUUUUCAAUGACUCUGCUAAAAUAUACAAGUACAAUGUGGAGUGGUUUGAUUUGGUUGAUGUAAUUUUGAUGAAAGCCUCAUUUUAUCACAAAUUUUAUGGCAUGCUAUAUCAUGAUUUAAUGCCAUCAGAAGUAAUUAGCUAUGUUGAAAGCAACAAGAUUUGUGAAGAUAUUGCGAUGAAUUUUUUGAUCAGCAUUAUGACAGGAAAGAGCCCUCUGAAAGUUUCAUCGCUAAAGGAUUUCAUUUGCCCAGGUAUGUGAAC